AUGUGUAAGGAUGAGUGGCCAUUCAUUUCUCAAGAGUCUGGGAUCUCACAGAGUAUCAGUCCUUUAGAUGAAAUGAUUUCCAUGAGAAAAAACGAUACAGGUGACACUGAGACCCCUGCUGUGGAUCCUGUUAAUAGUGAGAAGGAAGAAGAUGUGACAACUGCCAGUAGGAGUAUGCAGAAUGACGACAGUAGCUUCAAUCCACAUGGAAGGGUAUUGCCUGAUGAUGCUACACUAAAACACAGGGGCUGUCCCUUGAAAAUAGGAAAAUGGAACAUUAGAAUAAUGUAUCAAGCUGAAAAGCUGGAUAAUUGUAUUGGAGAAAUGAAAUCCUAUGAGACUGACAUCAUGGGAGUUGCAGAAGUAAAGUGGUUGGAUCCAGGCCAGAUAAACAAGGAUGAACAUGUCAUGUUUUUUCUGGCGGAAAAAAGUCACAAAAAUGGAGUAGUAGUUAUCAUCAACAAAAGAUGUACAAGAGCGGUACAAGGAUAUUAG